CGUCCGUAUUCACUAAAUUGUUUCCAUGUAGGUCAAGUACGCUAUCUGCGGUGGAACUUCAGCACACACACAGCGAUGGAAAUAUCCGAGAGAGUGCAGAGAGCUGUGCAGUUCUACCUCGACCCAGCAUAUUUCCAGUAUAUUGUAGUCAUCGUUGCUCUGGUUUAUGUUGCCCUUAAGGUAACACAGUUGUCCUUAAGGAAAUAUGAGGGCACGAGAGCGCUCGAAUCGUUUCCCGGGCCACCUGGCCACUGGUUGUUUGGGCACGUUCUCGAGUUUAAGCAAGAUGGGACGGACAUGGACAAAGUGGUGAAAUGGGGAGAGGCAUAUCCCUUCGCCUACCCUCUGUGGUUUGGACCAAUCAUAGCCUUUCUGAACAUCCACCAUCCAUCCUACGCGAAAACUUUAUUAGCUUCAACUGAACCUAAAGAUGACAUUGCCUACAGAUUCCUUAUCCCAUGGAUUGGUGAUGGCUUGCUGGUGUCCCAUUCCAAGAAGUGGUUCAGACACAGAAGACUCCUCACUCCUGGCUUCCAUUAUGAUGUGCUGAAGCCUUAUGUCAAACUCAUAGCAGAUUCCACCAAAGUUAUGCUGGAUAACUGGGAGGACUAUGCAAAAACGAACGAGUCCUUCGAACUGUUCCAGCACGUGAGUCUGAUGACGCUGGACAGCAUCAUGAAAUGUGCCUUCAGCUGCAGUAGCAACUGCCAGACAGAGAGUGGGACCACCGGGUAUAUCAAAGCAGUGUAUGAGCUGUGCAACCUGGUAAACAUUCGCUUCCGGGUCUUUCCUUACCACAGCGACAUCAUCUUCCAUCUUAGUCCACACGGCUACAGAUUCAGGAAAGCAUGCAAGAUUGCACAUAGCCAUACAGAGGAAAUCAUCAGAAACAGAAAAGAAAUAUUGAAGCGUGAAAAAGAACAAGAACAAGAGAAAGCUCAGACCAAGAGGAGGCACUUGGACUUCUUGGAUAUCCUUCUCACGGCAAGGGACGAGAACCAGGAGGGCCUGUCGGACGAGGACAUCCGUGCGGAGGUGGACACCUUCAUGUUCGAGGGCCACGACACCACGGCCAGCGGCAUCUCCUGGAUCCUCUACAGCCUGGCCAGCGAACCCGAGCACCAGCAGAAGUGCAGAGAGGAGAUCAGCCAUGCCCUGCAGGGCAAGGACACCAUGGAUUGGGAGGACCUCAAUAAGAUCCCCUACACCACCAUGUGCAUCAAAGAGUCCCUGCGGCUGUAUCCUCCCGUACCAGGCAUCGCCAGGAAGCUCACCAAGCCUAUCACCUUCUGCGAUGGCAGGACCAUACCCGCCGGUUUCCUGGUUGGAACCAGUGUCUUUGGCAUUCAUAGGAACCCCACAGUCUGGGAGGAACCUGAGGUGUUUGACCCGUUGCGAUUCUUGCCAGAGAACACUGCCAAAAGGUCGCCUCACGCCUUCGUGCCCUUCUCCGCUGGUCCCAGGAACUGCAUUGGCCAGAACUUUGCCAUGAACGAGAUGAAGGUGGCGGUGUGUCUGACCCUGAGGCGGUACGAGCUGAUGGCCGACCCAGACCACAAGCCCAAGAUGCUGCCACGCCUGGUGCUGCGCUCCCUCAACGGCAUAUACCUGAAGAUCAGACCCCUGGAGCUGGAGCCCUGAGUCGGCCUCCUACUGGUCGGAGUCGGUCCGCAACUUGUUCACUCACUGAGGGGACAUUUUUGGUCAAAGCCCAAGUCUGUAAAAUGUUCAUCCAUUCAUACGGUGUAAGAGUGCACUAAAACAGCCCAACUCACACCCUACGUUGUGCACUAAUGUAGUGAGUGAGUAAACAUUUAAUUAAUGCCCUGCAUGUUCAUUUUACUAUGUGCUGGAGAACUCCACAUAGGGUGCACAGUAGUGCACUAAAUAGAGAUACAGUAGGUUGUAUUUUUAUGUCCCCUCCACUGUGUAGUACACUACGUACGUAGUAAAUGACUGAAUAUUUUGGUUUCGCCUGUUGCCCAACUCUUUCACUGACUGACUGACUUUAGAGCCUCCAGUCAAUGAAGACACGCUAUGCUUUAUCAAAUGCAGAUACCACAUACUCACAUAUUCCAAUGUAUCACAGAUGCGGAAAUCACAUAUGUAUCAUAAGGAAAGAAAUCAGGUGGGCCAAUGCCAAAAUGUGAUAUAUUUUUAUUACUCACAGGCCAAUGAAGCUUUCUGAUUGGCUGGGUGGCUUGACUGGACUGAGAAAUGAGUGGGCAGAGGUUUACCCUUGUAAUAUUAUUAUACACAAUAUAUACAUAAUAUAAUUAUAAUUAUAUUAUAUAAUAUUGUAUAUAUAACAUAUAUAUAUAUAUAUACAUAUUAAUAUUAUUAUAUUAUUAUAAUUAUACACAAUAUUAAUGACACAACUCCAAAAUCAAAUGUGUGUUUUCACCCCCUCGAAAUGCUACCUUUUGCCCAGAGCAGUGGAAAAAUAUGCACUAGAGUUUGUGUGCAAAACAGGAAAUACACUAAAUAACCAUCUGCAGCAACCACAACACACAAACACAUACAAUGUAAGCAUAUGAAGUAAGCACACCGCUUUAAAGAAGAACUUGUGUAUCUUUAAGGGAAGUCACUUCAUAACAUGUUCAGUGUGCAAUGUGUACUGUAAAUAUUAACUAUUAUGUAUAUUGAAUGUUUUGCCAGUGGGGUUCAGUCUUGAAAUGUAUUGAAAAAUGGUCAGCUGUUGAUAGUGCCCAUGCUUAAGACAUGUUAGUGUAUGUGUAUGAUUUCAGUUAUAGUUUAAAUGUGUUUAUCUUCCUUCUAUGUGCAGUGUCUUUUUUGCCUCUCAUCAAUCACAUCUGACAGCAAUCACAUCUGCACUCCCACAGACAUAUCUAAUCAAAGAUAACAGAUAAUAUUUUAUCACUGUGUAGAGAGUCGAGUGAACAAAACCAAUUUUAAUUCAUCGAUGUCACAAAAUUCCUUUUUUUUGUCUCGAACACAUGCGGUCCACAUGGAUUCCCAUUGUCACACACUCCUCCCCAUCUCCCUCUCCACUGCAAAAGUAUUAAAUCAAUUCUCCCCGUCAUAGCAUCAGGAAUGCAGGAAUGUUUUUCCAUCUGCUCUGUAAUGUGAGUCUGGGGUACUUGAGUCCGAGAGGGAAAGACCCAAUCUACCAUUGGAGCCUCACUCGAGGUGAACAGUGCACUGAAGUCAGAG